CUAGUAUUUCACAGCACGACGCUUUGCGCACGAAAAGUCGUAGUAAUCUUGCGCUGCUUACAGUUUACCGGUCGCGUACAGCGUGGCACGAACAGCAUGAGUCGAUUCAUGUGCCCAAGCAAAUCAAGUAGAAUUGUCUGCGCAUGAGGGGGUGUUGGGCGGGGCCUGGCCAUCCGUGGCCACCACGGAACGGCGGGGCCCGCCCUGAGUUCGGGAGGCUUAGCCCAUAAUGGUCCGCCUCGGUGGAAUCGCGGCGAAAAAUGCACCAGUAACCAAAGUGGACGACGGUGCUGGCGUCACGAGGACAGAUGUGGCUGCACAGCCUGGAGAUGCCCCGGAGGAAACGCCUGAGGCGCAGGAGGCAGGCCUGGUGUCGCUGUACCAGUCGGCGCUGCGGAGUGCUGCCGAGGGCGACGCAUGGCGGGCGGUGCAGCAGCUGCAGAGUGUGCUGGACCACCCUCUUUUGGCCAUCGGCCCGGAUGGCCAUAUGAGCACCACCCGCGGCACGCUGCGCGAGCUGCGCUUCCUCGCCACCCGCAACCUCGCCGACCAGUUGGGCGCCCUGCAGCAGCAGCAGCAGCAGCAGCAGCAGCAACAGCAGCAGGAGCAGCAAAUGGAGGUGGAGGCAGACGGACAGGCACGAGAGCCUGAUGCCCUAUGGCAGGGGCAGAAGCUGGCAGUGGCGGCGGCGGCGGCGCCUGCUGGCGGCGGCGAAUGGGCCAACCACACGGCGCAGCGGCUGGAGCUUUACAAGGAGGCCAUCCUGCAGCAGUACGCCGGCGAGGCGGCACCGGAGCCGCCCGCUGGCAGUGGUGGCGAAGGCAGCAGUGGACCCGGCGACGCGGUGUUGUGGCAGCGCAUGGCGGAGGUGGCUGUGGCGGAGGGGCGGCUGGGGCUGGCGCGCUACGCACUGGAGGCGGGGCUGGCGGCCAGCAGCCUGCGGGGCAGCCAGGUGUGGUUCCUGGAGCAGCUGCUGCAGCUGCAGCUGCAGGCGGACGACGCGGCGGGCGCGCUGGCGGCGGCGCGGAGGCUGACGGCGUUGGACCCGCAGCAUCCAUGGCUGGCGGCGGCAUAUGCCCCAGCGGCGCCGGCGCCGGCGGCAUUGCAACUCGGCGCAGCUCACGGCGGUGGUGGUGGUGAUGGUCUCGGCGGCGAAGGAGGCGGGGGCAGCAGCCUUGAGGCCCGCCUUCUGCAGCGGGUGGACCCAUACGAGGCCGCGCUGCAAGCCCUGCUGCAGCAGCAGCGCAGGCUGAUGCACCUGCAGCACCAACAGCUGUACGGCGGCUGCUACGGCGGCGGCGGCGGCGGCUACGGAGUGUACAGCAGCAUGCCGUACGGAGAGAUCGAGCACGGCGGCGGCGGCGGCAGCGGCAGCGAGCUACUUCUCCAUGACGGUGCGACGAUGGCGGUGGCACUGGCGUCGGCGGGGCUGCCGCCGCUGGCGGGCCCCGCGCUGGAGGGCUCGCUCCCAGCCGCGGCGCCGCCCAUGGCGGAGCCGUCAUGCCGCCAGGUGGCGGUCCUGCCGCAGCCCACAGGGGCCGAGGCACAUGCAGCUGCAGCGCAGGCGGACCCGGCGGAGGCAGAGGCGGCGGCCCUGGGCUGGGGCGUGGCCACGGCAGCCGCUCAUGGCGCAGGCACGCGCGAAGACGCGCCGCUCGACCUGCAGCUGCUGCUGCCCACGGUGCCCGGGGCCGAGCGGCUGGCGGGCGAGCACGACAGCGGCACACGCGCCGCGGAGGGGGCGCACCAGUACGAUCUGGUGGCGCUGCUGGUGGUCCUGAACAGGCUACUGCGGGGCCUGCCGCCGCAGCCGCCGGCAGCGCUUGCCGCGGCGCCGGCGCCCGCCGCUGCAGCUGCUGUGGGUGCGGGUGCACACCCGGUGCCGCCGCACUUCGGCGCUGUCUUUGGCGCUGUGCUGAGGCUGGCGCCGCCGCCGGCAGCAGGUGCAGAUGCCAGCAUGCCAUCCCAGCCUGCACAGGACACGCGGCUGGACGUCCACGGCGGUAUUGCGCCCCAGCCGCCGUCGCCGACACGCCACCACAGCGCCGCCCCCAUCGACAACGAUGCAGCAACGUCAGGCGUCAUGCCGUCGCCGCCCGCCAAGCCGCCGCUGCCUGCCAUUCCGGAGGAGGGCAUGGAGCCGAAGGCGGCUGACCGAGGGCCGCAGGAGCAGGCAGCGGCAACAGACGUGCUGCAGGCGCGGGUGGACGGCCAAGACGUCCUCGCAAGGUUGACAAGGGCAGCUGAUGCAGAUGGGCAUGGCGACAUGCAUGGCGGGGCGCAGACAGACACGCCAUCUCAGACACAGGCGGAGGCGCAGGCGACGCAGCCCGGGCGCGGGGCAACCGCUAGCCCCCAGGACAACGCGGCAGCGGGCGAGGGCUCGGCGGCGCAUCAGCCUAAGCGAGUCAGCACAAGGCGUGCAGCUGCGGCUGCGGCUGGCGCGGCUGCUGCGGCUGCGGCUGGGGUUGGCAAAGAAGCUCCGGCGGGUGCGGAUGCUGUGGAUGAGCAGGCGGCAGGAGCCGGCGCAGCCGCCGUUGCCGCUGCUCCUAGCGGCGGCGGCAGUGGCCACCCUGGUCAGGUUGCGUCGGCCGCAGCACCCGCUGCCAUCGAUCGCGCUAUCGCCGCGGCCCUGACGGCGCGUAUGCGCGCAGCCGGCACGGCUGGCGCCGCCGGUGUAGCAGGCACUACCGGUGGCUCCCACGCAGCGGCGGCCUCCACCUCAGCUGCCGAGGAGGCUGCGGCCGUGGCGUCGGCCUGGCGGCAGCUAUGGCACCAGCUGCACACCUCUGUGGGGUCAGGUGAAGACAACCCCUUCGCGGCGGCAGCAGCGCAGGCGCAGCCGCAUGGGUGCGGCGGCAGCGGUGGUGUAGCCCCUGCCGCUGCAGCCGCGGGCGGAGGGGGUGCCGCUGUCGGCGGGAACGUGACCGGCGUCAUGCGAGGCGGCGGGUCGCCGGCUGGCAAGGGCAAGCGGCAGGCGUCAGUGGACGGCAGCGCCCGCGAUGCCGCUCGUGUGCAGGCGUCGCCGCUGCAGCCGCGGCUUCCGCCUUCCGGGGUUGCGGCUGACGGAGCGGCUGCCGCCGCUGAAGCCGCCAGGGGCGCGGCUGCAGCGAUUGCGGCAAGGACGGAGGGUGCCGCGGUUACCGGCGUGGUUGGGUCUCCGGGGCGCCCACUCGGCGGCUCCAUCGGCGCCCGCCGUGUCUGGCUGGCCGGGAGCCCAGACCACAUUGUUGCUGGCGCCGGCAACGGGGCAGCUGGUGGCGGCGCUGCCGGUGGGGGCGGCGGUGGCGGCGGCCGCCGUAAGGCUGUGGCGCGCGCCCUGCAGCUCGGUGAUGAGGACGGCAAGGGUGGAGGCGGCGGGGCGGGCGGUGCUGCGGCGUCUGGGCAGCAGCGCCCCGCAGCAGGCCGCCACGGCGGCGACCACGGGUCAGCUCAGACACGGGCGCCCCUCGCCCCUGGGCCCGCGUUUGCAUGCUCGGCACUGGGGGCAGUCGGCGCCAGCCUCGAAGCUGCGCAACAGCCUCAGCAGCACAGCGACCUGGGUACGGCUGCAGCGGCCGCAUCAUCAGGCAGGGGUGCAGGUGUCCACGCGACAGCAGUCGCGGCGUUGUGGCUGGCACUGUCGCGGCCGCGGGAGCUGCUGGCGCGCUGGCCGGCGGUGGUGCGGCAGGUGCUACUGCUGGAGGGCCAGGUGGGGCAGCUGCUACAGCCGCCGCCCUCGCUACACCAGCAGCGGCCUGCUUCGGAGCUGUUCUCACGGAAUCAGCGGGAGGCAGCGGCAGGCGAGCAGGACGCGGAGGAGCUGGCUUUGGAGUGCUGGCUCACGCUGGCUUGGUUGCACGUGGACAGAGCGGUGGCGCUGUCGCGGGCGCAGGGCGGCGGCCGGGGGCCUGGCGAGGCCGGCCCGGGCUCGCCUGGAGGUGCCGUCUUGCCCGGACCGCAUGCCGGGCGGGGGAAGCAGCAGGGCCGCACACAGGCGGGCACGGGCACGGGCACAGGCUGUGGGGCGGCGCCGACUGGUGGGGCAGCAGGCGGCUCGCCGAGCGCGCCCGGCAAGCGGGGCGGCGGCGGCGGCGGCGGUGGGGCUCCUGCGGGAGGAGGCAAGGGUGGCGCCAGGGCGGCAGCGGGACCCGCGGGCGCGGGCACGGGGGCGGGCAUGGAGCUGGCUUACGACGACGCGGCUGCGUCCGCAGCGGACGGGCUGCCGGUGCUGACGUCGGAGGAGCACGCGGCGCGCGCCGAGGAGCUGCUGCAGCGGCUGCAGGCGGCAGCGGUGCUGCUGGAGCUGGAGGGCAGGGCGGCUGCCCUGGGCGGGCACCCGCAUCAAACUGGAGACGAGGCUACGGAUGCGCAGGCGGAAGCAGAGGCGGUGGCGGCGGAGGCGUUGCGGCGGGCUCAGGCGGCUGCUGCGCGGCGGCUUGCGGUGGUGCGCCGCGCCGGCUGCAUGUACCACUGGCUGCGCGGCCACCUGCAGGAGCGGGACGACCAGGUCCUGGAGGCGCAGGAGAGCUACCUGCAGGUGCUGCAGCUGCUGCCAACGGCUGCGGCGCCCGAGCCGCCCGGCGCAGGCGCAGGUGUUUGCGAGGGCAUGCAUGUGGACGCAGGCGAAGACGCGGGCAGUUCCGGUUCGGGGCCCAGCCGCGGCAGGGCCCAGCAGCCAGGGGUAUCCGCAACCAACGUGCGGGAGGCGCUGCCGACCGGGAGCGAGGCGCCGGGCCUGUGUGCGGAGCUGCUGCCGGGCUGCCUACAGCUACGCAUGCCCACGGAGGCCUCUGUGCGCGCAAAGGUGUCGUCGCUGGAGGUGUUCCGCACCAUGGCCUCCGCCGACCAGCUGGCGGCGGCGGGCCGACACCGCGACGUCGUGGCGCGCGUGCUGCCGCUGGCCUUCCCGCCGCCGCCGCCGCCAGCAGCAGCUGCAUCGGCAGCCGGCACCGAGGCGGCGGGCGGUCAUGACGCCGCCAGCAAGGCCACAGCAGGCGGCACUGCGGCUGCGGCCGCCGCUCCUGCUGCUACUGCGGCGGCAGCGACCGCAACCGCGACCGCAGGCGGGGAGGUGGCCAUGGAGGACUUGCCCAGCGCCAGGUGGGAGGCCGGGGCUACUGAGGCCGCUCGAGGCGGCGGCGGAGGCGAAGCAGCCGGCAACGACGACGACGCGCUGGUGGCCGCGGCGGAGGCAAGGAACCGCGCGGCGGUGCAGGUGCGCGCCGUGCGGCGGCUGCGGGAGUCGCUGGCGGCGCUGGUGACUGAAGCGCCGCCACGGCCGCGGGAGGCACAGGUGGCAGACGCGGCAGCGGCAGACGCCAAGGGCGCACGCGCUGCGGCGGCAGCCGCGCAGGCGGAACUGGAAGCGGCAGCCGCGGCGCAAAGGGCGGCCGUGGAAAUUGCGGCGCGUGCAACUGAGGCAGCGGGGCAAGCGAAAGCAAAAGCAGAGGUGGAGUCCACGGCCGCGGAGCAAGCAACGGCAGCGGCACAGGCCGCGGCAACCGCAGCAGCAGGAGCAGCUUCAGGGCCAGAUGAGCCAAACACAGCGGAGGCAGCAGCGGCGGCCAGUCAAGCGCAAGUGGACAACCCGGCCCCGGCCGCUUCUGCUGCUUCGGCCGCAGCAGCCGUAGCUGCGACUGCUGCUGCUGCCGCCGCCGCGAAGCGGGCGGCGGGCAAGGCAGAGCAGGCAGCUGCGGCGGCACAGGCCGCCGUUGCUGUGGCUGAUGCGCGCGUCAGUGCCUGUGAGACGGAGCUCAAGGACGCAACCGAGCUGGUCGCGCCGGCCGAGGCCGCGGCAGCGGCGCAGGCGGCCGCCGCCGCCACGGCAGUUGCAGCGGCAGCCCGCCGCCGCACUGUGGAGCUCCUGCCGUACCAGCAGCUGCUGCAGCGCUGCAACCUCGCGCUGCUUGUGUACGACUUACGGUGCGCCGUUGAGGCGGCGGCGGCGACGCUGGCGGCGAGCCACUCGGUCGCAUCUGUGUCGUCCGCGGCUGCCGAGCUGCGGAAACCCGUGGCCGGGCUGCGCGACUGCCUCAAAGCGCUGACCGGAUGCGUCAGCAGUCUCAGCGCCAACAGCGGCACCGCCGCCGGUACAGCAGAACCGCCUGGCUCAGUGGUCGUGGCGGACGCUCCGCUUGACGCAGCCGCCAGUCCCGCCGACGUGCAUGCGAGCGAAGCGCAGGCGGCGGCCGCAGCGGCGGCGGCAAAACGCCUGCCCACGUCGUGCCUGCCGUGGGUGAUGCGGCUACAGCAGCGGCUGGUGUCGUACCUCCAGUGCCUACAGAGCGUGGCGGUGCUCAGCGAGCCGCCUGCUGCAGGAGGCGGGGCAGGCGCCGGCGGCGGCGGCGGCUCCGCCGCCACUGGGCAGGGCGCUGCCGCAGGCGGCGCCGCCACCGGUGCCGCCGCCGGGCGCCUCAACAGUCGCGCCCAGACCGCCAAGGCGCUUCGGGCGCUGGUUGUGGAGGUGGGCCUGGGCGUGCUGGCAUGCCACCGCGUGCUGGAGGCAGCGGCGCCGGCGGGCCCUGAGGCCUGCUACAGCCUGGUCACCGGGCUGGCGACCAUGCUGUGCUGCAGCCGGCCGGGCCUAGCGGUGGCUGUAGCAGCCGGCCACGCCGCCGUUGGUGCCACUGCGCCGCAGCAGGCGGGCGGAGCCGCCGUUGCAGGCACCGGGCCCGCUCCGCCGUUGCCAGCAGCUGCCGCCGCCGCAGCACCGUGGGAGCUACAGCCGUUCUUUCGGGAAGCGUUGUCGCUGCUACAGCCUCACAUCGAGGCGCUCCUGCAUGGCGCCGGCUCCGACCGGCCCGCCUCCAGCGGCGGCGCUGGUGACGGCAACGCAGGCGCGGGCGCGGCUCGGAGUGCACUGGCAAUCAUGCUGUGGCGUGAGAAAGCAGAGGACGAGGAAGACAGCGACGAUACCGGUGGUGGCGAUGGCGGAGAUGAUCGCGUCGGCGGUGGUGGCGACAGCCGUGUCGGAGGCAGCAGCGGCAGCGAUGACGAGGCAAGCGACGCAGAGGGCCCCAAGGCCGCGGACGAAGAGGCCGAUGCUGACGACGACGCUGUAGCCCCGACCGCUGGCGGCGGCCGUAACGGCACGAAGGACGCCGGCAAACGCGGCACCGCACAAGACGCAGGCGCGGCUGCACAGGCUGGUGGCGCGCCGCAGCAACAGCAGCAGUUGGCAGACCUUGAUUCGCUACCGCCACUGGACGCGGCAGUUGCAGUGCUGAUGGCUCUGGAGGGAUGUGCAGGUCACGGCAGCGAUGGUGGAAGAGAGGCGGACGCGAUGGAGGUGGAUGCGGCGGGGCCCCAGGAGGGACCCGAGCAGCGGCAGCACCGGGCGGAGCGGAGGCUGGAACUGCUGCGCCAGCUGUGGGGUGCGCAGGCCCAGCUGCUGUGGCUGCUGUACGGCGUGCACUGCCCCUGGCGCACCGCCAGGUGGGGCUUCGGCCUCCUGACUGCGGCGGCCGAGGCGGAGGCAGAGGUGGCGGCGCGGGACGGCGGCGUGCACGCCAGGGCGCCCAACCGCCAGGAUGUCAUGCUCCUGUGGCGCCUCGUGGGCGCCCACGCGGUGCUGCUGUCGCAGCCGCCUCCGGAGCUGCUGCGGCUGCUGCCCCCCGGCCAGCAGAAGGAGCUGCAUGCCAGCUUCACCGACCUGCUGCAGGCGUUGCUGCCGGCGCUGGAGCUGCUGAGGACAGAGCUGCCGCCGCCGGCGCGCGAGGUGCUGUCAGAGAGCCCGGCACACCGCUAUCUGCACGGCGGCGCAGCAGCACCGCCUGCCGCUACCACCGCAGCGGCGGCAGGUACCGCCGGUGCUACAGCAGCAGCCGGCGGAGCUGUGCCUGGCGACACUGCUGCUGCUGCCGCCACGGCAACUGCCGAUGACCACAACUGCCAGGUGCAUGACGUUUUGCUGCUCGCUUUGGACCCACACCGCUUCCUACCCAAGUGGCUGCAGCCGCUGCCUGCUACUGCCGAUGACGGAGCCGCCGACGCGGCGACAGCAGCUACAGCCGGUGGCGUAGCGGUGUCAGAGCUGGAGGCCGGCGCCGGCGUGCUUGGGCAGGGGCGGGGGCGCAUUGAGGUGGUGGCGCUGGAUGAGGUGGACGCGGCCGAGGAGGCGGCCAGUGCGGCGGCGCGGCGGCGCUCGGGCGAGUGGUUCGCAGCGGAGCAGCAGCGGCAGCGGCACUGCGAUGGCGACGAGUUGUGGCAGAUCCACCGCUGCCUCUACUUCUGCAUCCUGCGUGCCAACGAGCUGGACACGCCCGAGGGCACCGACGCCCUGUUCAAGGACGCCAGGUCCCGCAAGCUCAAGCUACUGCCGCCCGCCGCCCCCGUCCUGGCGGCUGCUGCAGCCGGCGCCGCGCACAGCAGCCUCGGCUGUAGCAGCAGCGAGGGGCUGCAGUGGCUGGAGCGGCAGGCGGCACCGGUGCUGUGGGAUGUAGCGCUCAACCCGCUGCGGCUGGGCAGCUGGGCGGCGCUCAAGCUGCUGUACACACGGGCGGCGAGGGCCAUGCUGCAAGAGGCAGCGGAAGGCAUUGCCGCGCCGUCGUAUGCCGCGCACCAGCAGCAGCCCGGCAGCCAGGGCGCGGCAGCGCAAUACCAUCUGGCGCGCAUGUGCCGCCUCGCGGUGCGUGCUGGCUUGGCGGCUGCGCGCCUUGACCCCGACGCCGCCUCCCGUGCCGGCCACUACGGAGGCGUUGCCUCCCUGGUGUGCGAGCUCAUCGCCCCGCUCUCCCCGCUGUACGACAACCUGCAGCUACUGCCGCCCAUGCCGAUCACAGCAGCAGCUACAGCUGCUGGCACGUCUGCGGCUGCGGCGGGCAUCGGCGGAGGUCGCCGUGACUCCCUGGCGCUGGUGAUGGCAGCGGCCGCCGCGCCGCCGCCGCCGGUGUUCAACCCCACCUCGGCUCUGUCGCCGUCCGCCACCGCGCCGCCGGAGGCAGAGCCCUACCUGCAGGGCUCGGAGUGCGCAGGCGGCGGCGGCGGUGGCAGUAGCACAUGCCACAGAGGCAGUAGCGCCGGCUCACAGCUGCGACGGGACUGGCGCUUCCGGGCGGCCUGCCGUGUGGCGGGUGACAUGUUCGGUCGGGCGGCGUCCGUGUUGGGCGGGAACUGGGAGCUAGAGUACUAUCAGGGUCUGGUGGCGGCGCGCGGCAAGGCGGGCGCGGGCUGGCGGCAGCGCUGCCAGGAUCACCUGGCAGCGGCGGCGGCUUUGGCGACGGCGGCGGACACGGGCGAGGGCGGCGGCGGCGGGCCGCAGCUCGCGCCGCUUGUGGCGCUGCACGGCCGCCGCAUGAAAUGGUUGGCCAAAGCUGCGGCGGCACGGCGGCGGCGGCGGCAGCAGCAAGAAACUGCGGAGGCCUCUGGAGAGGACGAUGAGGAGGAGGCGCAGGUGGAGGCGUCUGUCCGGGAAGCGGAGGCGGCGGAGGUGCUGGAGGUUUGCGCCAGAUACUGCUUUUCCGAUAUGCUCGCGCGGCGGCUGCACGCCCAGUCCACGGCAGGUGCCGAGGGUGGAGGCGACGCUGACGGCGACGGCUGUGACGACCUGCACGUGCCCCUGCCUGCCCUCCUGGCGGCGGUGGGCGCACAGCCCGGCAAGCCUGCCGCACAGGAGGAGCUCGAGGCCCUGCUGCUGGAGGACGCGCGGCAGGCGCUCACGUUCGCGGCUGCGGCCUACUACAAGCCGGCCAAGGACGCACACCACUAUCACCCCGCGCGGUAUGUGUUGGCCCGCUGCGAGCUCCUGCUUGGCGACACCGCGGCGGCGGAGGCAGCACUCCGGCCCCUGUUUGCUCCCACCAAGUCUGGCCGCGGCCGCAGCGCAGCCGCCUCCGCCUUCACCCUAGGUAUGGGCAGCAUCACCAACAAGGGCUUUGGGGGCGCGCAGCACCGCAGGAAAGCGGCGGCAGCCUGGGCGCUGGCGGCGGGGGCGGUUGGGGCGAAGGUGGCGCCACCAGGCGCGGCGCUGCAGUGCCAGGGCGCCCCAGCAGCAGAGGGGCGGAAGCGCAAGGGCACAUGGCCAGUGGCGCCGGAGGAGCCGGGGCGUGGCGGCAAGGCAGGCGCAGGCGGCAGGGGCGGAGGUGGAGGCAGGCCAGCCAAGCGGCGCCGCCGCGGCGCCUACGGCCACGAUGACGAUGAUGCCGACGUGGCGCCGGAUGGCACGUCACAGGACGUGGACGGGGAGGGGGACACGAGCCGUGACUCGGACAGCGAGGGGGCCACGACUGCCAUGGAUGUGGACGAGGGUGAGGGCGAGGGCGCGGAUGCGGCGGAGCGCCAGCAGGCGGACAGCGGGGGUGGGGGUGAGGGCGACACAGACGACACGGUCGGGGAGCCGGCAAACGAGGAGCCGGCGGCGGCGCAGCGGCCGCCUCGCUUCCUGUGGGCCACACAUCCCGAGUACGUGGCGGGCCACGGCCCAGAGGAGGAGGCGCGCGAGCACAUCACCGCAACGCGCAAGUGCCUGGCGUUGUACCUGCAGGUGUGCUGGGAGCGCAACGAGCUCGGGGUGCUGAGCAACGCCGCGGCCGUGCUCGGCGCCACCGCCGCGACCAGGCCCCACCUCCGGGACCUCGCCUCACAUGCCGCGGGCCUGUCCGCCACCGCCGCCGUCGCGGCGGCGGCCUGCACCGCAGCCGAUCUGAUGGUCCAGACCAUGGCAGACGUGGUCAGUCAGAGGACCCGGGAGCCAGCGGCGCCCGUCGCGGUGGCGCCUGUGGACGCAGCGGGGGGCCUCGCCGGAGCUGCAACGGCUGCGGCGCCGCUGGCGGCGGCCGAGCAGUGGGUGGUGGCGGUGCUGGAGGCGCGGAUAGCCGAGGUAGCGGAAGUGGGCGGGGAAGAGGCGAAGGCCUUUGAGGCCAAGCGGGCCGCGGAGGAGGCGGCGCGCGCUGAGGAAGAGGCCCGGCGGGCUGCGGAGGGGAAGAAGGCAGCUGAGGAGGCUGCUGCCGCUGCGGCUGCAGCCGUUGCAGCGGUAGAAGAGGACGCAGAGGCUUGCGAAGCCGCGGAGGAUGCGAAAGAAGCGGCCGAGGGCGGUGGAGGCAGCGCGAAGGGCACGCAGGACGGGGAGGCCGCGCUCGCACUGUCGCAGCCGGCACCGCAGCUGCGCACACGCCACGCGCAGCAGCAGGCCGCGCAGGCGCAGGCCGCGGCCGCGGCGGCUGCUGCCGCCGCCGCCGCAAGCGGCGACGCCCAGCCGCCUGCGGCAGCUGGCAAGGCCGGUGGUGGUGCGGCCGCGGCUUCCGGUCCUACGGGUCUGGCGGCGUCCAGCAGUUGGAUGGCGCUUUUGGAUGCGCUGGCGCCCCUGUGCGCUCUCAACUUCGACUACUGGAUAGAGGGCGCGGGCGCAGGCGCCGAGGGCGGCGGUGCCGGCGGCGCCAAGAUGAGCCCGGCGGCUGCGGCUGCCAUGGCAGAGCGCGCGGCGCGGCGGCGGCGCUUCGGGCGGCGGGUGCCGGGGGCGGCGGCGGCGGUGCUGCUGCAGGAGCCGUUGCUGCGGUGCUUCAGUAGGGCGUACAUCCAGGCGCUACGAUGCACGCCCGACGUGGGCCCGGCGCGGCUGCAGGAGCUGCUGAAGCGGGUGGGCAAGCGCCGCACCAAGCUCAACAGCUCCGGGCUCAGCCAGCUGGUGGCCGCGGCACAGGCAGCACUGGCGGCAGCCACCGGCCAGCCGCCGCCGGCGCCGUCGGGAGCGCCCGCAGGCGGCAGGCGCGGCGGCGGCGGCAGCGGAGGCGGAGGUGCCGCGGCGGGGCCCGGCGGCGGGGCGGCGGGUGGUGCUGCCGCUGAUGCUGGCACUGGAACUGGGGCUGGCGCAGGGGCUGUGACUGACGCCGCGGAUGGAGCGACCUCAGCUGCUGGUGGGGGCGGAGCCGCAGCGCCUGGGCCGUCAGGUGCGGUCCAGACGGUUGAGGGCCCGGGCCCCGCCCAAGCCGCCUUGGUGGCACCAGCGGCGCAUGUGCCACAAGGCGACGACCGCACAGCCGCAGACGCUAUGGACGUGGAGCCCGUGGGCACGGCAGCUGAGGCGAGGGCAGGAGCCGCCAGCGCUGCAGCCUUACCGAGGCAGCAGCCAGCGGCGCAGCCAGCAAUGCAGCCAGCGGCGCAGCCAGCAACGCAGCUGGCGGCGCAGCCGGCGGCGCAGCCAGCGGCGCAGCCGGCGGCGCAGCCAGCAACGCAGCCGGCGGCGCAGCCAGCAACGCAGCCAGCGGCGCAGCCAGCGGCGCAGCCAGCGGCGCAGCCAGCGGCGCAGCCAGCGGCGCAGCCAGCGGCGCAGCCAGCGGCGCAGCCAGCGGCGCAGCCAGCGGCGCAGCCAGCGGCGCAGCCAGCGGCGCAGCCGGCGGCGCAGCCAGCGGCGCAGCCGGCGGCGCAGCCAGCGGCGCAGCCAGCGGCGCAGCCGGCGGCGCAGCCAGCGGCGCAGCCGGCGGCGCAGCCAGCGGCGCAGCCGGCGGCGCAGCCAGCGGCGCAGCCGGCGGCGCAGCCAGCGGCGCAGCCGGCGGCGCAGCCAGCGGCGCAGCCGGCGGCGCAGCCAGCAACGCAGCCAGCGGCGCAGCCAGUGGCGCAGCCAGUGGCGCAGCCAGCGGCGCAGCCAGCGGCGCAGCCAGUGGCGCAGCCAGUGGCGCAGCCAGCGGCGCAGCCAGCGGCGCAGCCAGCGGCGCAGCCAGUGGCGCAGCCAGUGGCGCAGCCACUGGCACAGCCACAGCCAGUGGCGCCACAGCAGCCGGCAGUCGGCUCGAAACGCGCCCGCAUCAACAGCGCUGGCGGCGCUGCCCCAGCAUCGGCAGCCACUGUGGCAGCAAGGCCGGCCGCGGCUGGUGCACAGCCACAGCCGCAGCCUGUCCAUGUCGACAUGGAGACGCUGGGGCGCCUGCUUGUCGAGCCGGCUGGCAGUGCGGGCCCUGCCGCGCAGGCCGCAGCGCAAGAUAUGGCGCAAAACGCUGUAGUGAACGCGCUUAUGCGGCACUUGCUGCUCCAAUCGCCGGCGCAGCUACAUGCGCAGCAGCGCCAGGAGCAGCAGCGGCAGGAGCAGCAGCGGCGAGAGGAGCAGCUGCAGGAGCAGCAGCGGCAGGAGCAGCAGCGGCAGGAGCAGCAGCGGCAGGAGCAGCAGCGGCAGGAGCAGCUGCAUCUACAGCAACUGCAGGUACAGCUGCAGCUGCAGCUGCGGCGGCAGGCGCAGGCGCAGGCGCAGGGGCGGGAGCAGGCGCAAGCGUGGGCACAGGCGCAGGCGCGGGCGCAGGCGCAGCUGGAGGAGCAGCACCUCAGGCAGGUGCAGCGGCAGCUGCAGGCCCUGGCUCAGGUGCAGCAAGCUGCAUCCCCGCGCCAGCAGCAGCAGCAGCGGCAGCCGGCCUCCCCUGGGUGGGCGCAGCGCGUGCAGCAGCUGCAGUCGGACCCCCAGCAGCUGACUGCGCUGCUGCAGGAGGGCUUGCGGAUGGCGGCAGCGAACCGGGUCGUGGUGGCGGAGGUGACGCAGACGGUGGAAGCACAGCGCCGGGCGCACAGCAUCGCCGCCGACAGAUCGGCGGCAGCAGGGGCCGCGGCCGGGCGCGCGCCCACCCUGGCACAGCAGCCUCGAGGCCAGGCCGCCGCGCCCGCGGCCACUAGCAGCACGCAAGCUGCCGCUGCCGCUGCAGCGGUGGCUGCGCCAGCGGCACUGGCGGCGGCCGUGGCGGCACGGACUGAGGAGCAAGAGUUCAAGUCGCUUGCGAGCGCGCUGGUGCUGGCAGCCGACUGGCCCAGCGCAGUCGAACGCAGCCAGGCUUGCACGGUGUUCCUGCAGGUGCAGUCGAUUCCGCACCUCCGCACGCCAGCGUUGAACAUGCUGCGGCAGGCCGAGCAGCACAUUGAGCGCCCGAGGCAGCUGGCCGAGACCCUCUUAAACACGGCUGUGUCGCUGGCGGCCGCCAUGCAGAUUCACAGGAACGCAGUGUGACGACACCUGGUGGGGUGGGCUCUAGCUGUUUGUAACCCCCAUGGCACAGAAGGGCAUCGUAGAGUCGCAAUGCCAGGCUGCAGGCGUGCCUACCGUAUUCAUCCUAGGCUUGUUAUAUCGUUUGCUGGCAAUCUGCAAGUUGUUUGCGUGGUUAUGCUUGUAUGUAGUAGGGAGCAUAGGCGCGGCUGGAGCUGUGGCUUGGGAGCGGUUUCAGCGCAGCAUUAGGUGCGGGUAUUCACGGGUAUGUAUCCCGGUGAAAAGAAGGGUGGCUCUCCCUCUCAAGGGAAAGGUGGGCUGCCCCCACGCCACGGUGCAAUGUCUGAAAAUCUGAACCCGGAC